CAGGCAUCUGAACAGAAUUAAAGCAUGAGCACGUGCAAAACUAAUCUGCUUCCCAAGAUAGCAAAUGCUGAGAAGUUCUAUACUAGAACACUUGCGGUGCUGACUGGCUGGGCGUGAUUAACCUAACAAGCUUAACGCUCCGCUUGCCAUCCACAUCUGUCAGGUUCAUAAUCCGCAAGACCUGGGCCCUGCAGAACUGUCCCGCUGCUCACUGACAGCAGAGGCUUCAAAACUUGGGACAACCGGCAUGUCUUCCUCUUCCUUGUGGCAUGGGCCUCAAGUCUAGGAGCAUGCACCGUGGACUGGGGUUGCCCAGACAGACUAGCCAGAAAGCCAGUCCCCAGUUCUGAGGAUUCUCCAAAGACCUCGAAGGUAGAAGAUGGUGACAAGCUGAAGCCAUGGGGUGCACACCGUCACACAGCGGCAUUGUCAACAGCGUUGCCAAGAGUGGCAUUCAAUUUUUUAAGAAGCCCAAAGCAAUUCUGCCAGGAUGUCAGCGGGGCAGCCGAAAAUGUCCCAUCCCUUUGCUGGUUCAAAGUUCUACCUUCUGUGACCCUGGUGGGGACCCGCACCUGGGACAGAGGUCAGCAGAGGAGCCAGCGAGUUCCAAGAAGCCACAAACCAUGGCUGAAGGUCUUUGUCAGCUCACGAAAGAUAUGAAAGGACUGAUUCCAGAAAGCCAAAGAUUCCAGCUGAACAAAUCACAAAGCCAUGCAGCUACGGACAUGUCAUCCAGGACAGGAUGCUACCACAUGAUACAAGAAGCAGAUUUUGCUGGGCAAGAGGGUGAGGAAAACAUUUCCCAGAAGACCUCAAAAUGGGACCAAAAGUUGGACAACCAGGACCAAUGCUACCAAACUACUCCUGAGUCAAAAGGCAACGUGGACUUCCCUGAGCCCCUGGUAAAGGCCCACCAGCACGCUUACGCCUAUCUGCACACCAGCCUUUCCAGAUACGAAGCAAUUCUGCGCCUGGUCCAGCAGGCCAGCCACACCCGGGAACUGUUGCAGCCCAUGCUUAGCUUCCUGCUGCUGUGUUUCGAGGAAGUCAGCCAGCUCCUAGGAGAGAUCUCCAAAGAUGGAGAAGUGCUCCUCCAGGAAGUUAGAGGGGAUCUGGCCUGGCCAUCAGGGAAAAGCGAUCCCCGGGAACAGCCAGACCUCCUACAACAGCUGCUGCAGUACACGGUCAACAAGCUGCAGGUGGUUCACAGCACGGUGGCCGCCCUCACUGGGAACCUGCUGGAGGGCUCCAGCAGCUACCUCAGCUCCACUGCUAGUCAUCUGGAGGGUAAGCUAAGCACCAAGAGAGGUGUGGAUGAAUACCUCCUAAGGACCCUGGGACAGCUGGAGAGCCUGACCACUGGCCAUGGUGACCCUGGGCUGCUAGGGCCACCCUUGUGCUCUGAGGACAGUGGCAUCGGUGCUGACACUGAGCCUGUGCAGUCCAUGGAGAAGCUGGGCAAGCAAACCAGCCUGGACUUUGCAGCAGAGCCUGCAGAAUGGAAGCAGGGGACUGCACCCCAAGUGGAAGCCAGGCUGGCAGGGCAUGCCUGGCAGAAAGGUCCAUAUUGGACAGGUGCAGGCAGACACCAAGGCUGCCCACUGUCAAGGCCUAGGAUAGUGAAGAUCCAGCCUGCAGCACAGGAUAACGCCAGACGCUCUAGUGCCUCCAGCACAGGCCCAGAAGCAGUCACCUCCAGGCCUCCACAGGCUGCCAAAAGCAUUCUGCAGGAUUCCCUUGGGGUUGAGACUCCUGUGCAAACACAUUUUCCUCAAAGUUCUGGGUCGGUGGAGGCUCCAUCCCUGAGUGAAGAUGAGGACAGCAGCCCAGAGGAGGAAGAUGAAGUCAGCAGCAUGGAUCUGCAGGCCGAGCACCUGAGAGCAUCCUCAAGACCACGGUCCUCACCCGCCACCCGGGAGAGCCUGUUUCAGCCAUACUCCGGGAAGCUGAGGAGUCCCCAGGCCCAGGAAAUGAUUCUGAAAAUGAAAGAGGCCAUCAGUGAAAGGAUCAAGUUUGUCCCUGUGCCUUCCAGACCCCAGGACUGGGCUGAGGAGGAGGAGGAGGGGAGAGCAAUGGUCCCUCCAAGACCUAGCACAGCCAGCGGCAGCAGGAGGGCCCCCGAGAGACAAAGGAGGUCACAAUCAGAAGGAAGUCUUAAGAGCCACGUGGAAGACCCCACCCUCCAAGAGCUGAGACGGGUCCAGACAGACCUCAGUCGGAGACUGGAGGUAUUUUAUGCCCUGGGUGGCGCGCGGCGGGGCCAGAACAAGGAACGACUUCUGCCAUCCAGGGCAUCAGUGCUGUGGCCCCCUUCCAGCUGCAGGGUGAGUCCUAGCAGUGCCAUCAGCAAGUUCAAGGCCUCCCUCACCAAAAAUUUCAGCAUUCUGCCCAAUCAAGACAAGAGCAUCUUGCAAAGAGGUAGUCCCCGCUCUGGGUGUGACCAGCCCUGCCAGGAGAAGGCUGAGACAUUGCCAAAUGCCAGUAGGGUUCCCAGGGACACUGAAUGGGACAUCAGGGGCUGUCCCACCAGAACAUCAGUCAAAAAGCUUAUUGAGACCUUCAGUCCCAAUGAGAGUCUGAGGAUGCCAAGGGACUCCAGGAACUUGGGGUCAAGCCCCUGCCUCAGGAAGUGGGGGGUCCCUGCCAUGCCUCCCAGAUUUCCUAUAUACAGGGGGCUAGCCCCCCUGUAUCCUAAGCCCCAAAUUUCUCCUGCAGCGGGCAGAGAACCUCUCAAGGUGGGCAUGGGCUGGAGGCCUUCUGCUCCCUUCCCCUCUCUUCCUCUGGCAGAAGCAGCAAGGGGGGAAGACAUCAAUUGUGAAGCAGGGGAAGACCUAGAGAACCUCCCUCCACCGCCUCUGGAAAUCCUGAUGGACAAAUCAUUCACUGCUCUGGAAUUUUCAGAUAGCAGCCAGCCGGCAGGCAGCUCCAUGGAAGAGACCCUGGUACCAGGGCUGCAAGAAGCUAGCCCGCCAAGAAAAGCAGGCCCUUCCCCCAAGCUGAGAGCCUCCAUGAGCCCCAUGGCCUUGCUCCCCAGCAAAGGCACCAGACCAGGGGCCAUCAGGAAUGUGGGCAAUUCCAGAGAGCUGACCUUGGACCUGAACUCCCAGCAGGCAGUGAGCCCCAGCCCAGAGGCAGAGGGCGGGACUCACAUUCAUGCACCAGCAGAGGACUCCGCAAGACCCUCUGAGCAUCACCAGAAGGCUCUGCCCUGGGACCACACUAGGGCCCUGGAACCCAGCCUGGCCAGGCUUUCACAAGGUCUGCACUCUCCAGAAGCAUCCAGGAAGGGGCCAGAGAGAAGCCCUCCAGGACACAGAAAAGCCUCUCCCCCGAGAGCACAGUGGGCAUCCCAAGGGGACAGGAGGCUGCAGAGCCUGUCCUCCUCUCGUGGACUGCCCCAGUCAGGCCUCCCUGCUGUUCUCAGCUCCCCUAGCCCACCUCUGAGCCCCAGGACACUGAGCCCACCAGCCACAAAGAAGCCAACUUCCCCACCGUGCGGGCACCCGCAGCCCAACCCGGCCCAGGGCAGCUGUCCUGUCCAGCCGACAGAAACAGACACCCUUUCCUCUGCCUCUUCAUCAUCCCCCUCAGUGUCUCCCUCUCAGGGGUCCAAGGAGAGUCACUCUGAGGACGGUGAAGCCACCACGGGCAAAGCCCCCAGGAACACGUGUUCUAUAUUCUGCCCAGCCGCCUCCUCUCCGUUUGAAGCUAAAUCGUCAUUCUCAGGACCCCAUCCACGAACACUACCAGAACCUGGGGGCCCUUUGAGGAAUCCAUCAGGAGGCUGGAGGGGCAGCUCAGGGCCGCGGCUGAGGGCAGAUUCGCAGAGAAGAACAGCUCUGAGCGCCCUCAACCCCCUGCCUUUUGUCAGAAGGACAGCCUCAGACCGCCAGCGCCAGCAGGGCGACCCGCUUCUGCUGCCCGGCAGCUCUUGGGAACCCUACCCCGGCCAAAGCAGCAGUAGCAGCAAUGAGGAGAGCCCUAAGCAAGAGCCCCCACCUUGGAACAACUCCCGUGCCCCGGAAUUACAGGGCAGUGGCACCAAGUGGGCAUCUCCUUUGGAGCUCUGUGUGCUGGGCCACGGGUUGCAGCCAGAAGCCCGUAUCAGCCGCAGCCAGGACAGAUCCCAGCCGGAGUCACAACACCAGCAGAAGGAAGUGGCCUGACGCGUGUCCUGUGGGGUCACAUUGACGCCCGUCACCCUAGAGCACAUGAAUGAGUCUUGAAGUGUUCACACUGCUCCAUGGAUGGCGGGGAAACCAACUCAAGCUGGAGGGUCUCAGAAAGACCCUGAAGACGCGAUGCCCAAUGGUCUGCAAAAUCUUAAGCAGAAGCUGGGUUCACUUCACAGCAAAGACCCUGACUGCCAUGGUUUCAAACGUUAACGAAAGCUUUAGAGCCUGCGGUGACACCCUUAUCUCUUUUCGAGUGCUGGCCUUAAUUAGAGGGAAAAUGCAUUCAUGUUUAGAGGACCAUAUGUUUUACAGGAUAACCAGUGGUGAUCACAACAUCAUUUAAGCCACAAUGUGUAAAAUAGUCUUCCAAAUAAGAAACUCCAAGGUGUGGGGGAGCCCCCCCCCCCGGCCCCCAGGGUCUUGCUGGAGUUCAGACAGAUAUAAAAACGGAUCUCAAACAAGUACGACAUGUGUGGCCUUGGUCUCUGCAUUCUUCUUUACAUUUCAUUGCCUUUGAUUAUUCUAACACUGUACCUGCCUACAGCAUAAGAAGUUGUACAAACAG